CAUUCCAUUCCAUUUGUUCCAGACCAAGUGUGUGUCCCCCAACCAAAAAGUGUGCUCCCGGCUCCCGUGAACCGAAGAACAAGAGAGAGAGAGCAUCGAAAUGUCGACUAUUAACCUGCACCCCCCGCAAACGUACUCGCGCUUGUUCCGUCCCUGGGAUACGCAGAGGCAGGCACAGGCACAGGCACCGGCACCAGCACAAGCACCUUCAACCGCCCCACCAACCAGGACCGUGAAAAACGAGCCGGACACGGUUACCAUUAAAACGGAGCUACCCAGGAGCAGUUUCGGCCACGACAGCGACCGCGACUCCUCCUCCUCCUCGUCACACAGCAGCAGCAGCAGCAGCAGCAGGAGCUGCAGCAGUAGCAGCAAGUCCAGCUGCGAUGAUGGAUACACUCGCACCUCCACCCCCCUGCUGGAUGUUACGCCGCAGCCCGUCUUCCCGCAUCCCUCGUGCUCCUCCACGUCGGCAUCCCCGACUCUGGCGCCAUCCCAGCAGAUGUCGGCGCAGCAUUCGACCCCCUUCAUGCCGGCGGCCAGCGAUCUCUACUAUGCGGCUGCCGCAGCUGCAGCCGCCGCCGCCGCUGCAGGCACUCCCGCCGGUGCCGCUGCUGCUGCUGCUGCCGGCUUCGGAAUGGAUCCGUUCACGCUCGGUCUGAUGGAGCAGGAGUACGCGCGGGUGAUGGCGGAGGACGCCCAGCUAAAAGCCCUGAACGCCCGCAAGCAGCGCCCAAAGAAGUUCAAGUGCCCGCACUGCGACGUGGCCUUCUCCAACAACGGCCAGCUAAAGGGACACAUUCGCAUUCACACCGGCGAACGGCCCUUCAAGUGCGACGUGGACACUUGCGGAAAGACCUUCACCCGCAACGAGGAGCUGACGCGCCACAAACGCAUCCACACUGGACUGCGUCCGUAUCCGUGCAGCGCCUGCGGAAAGAAGUUUGGUCGCCGAGACCACCUGAAGAAGCACAUGAAGACGCACAUGCCUCAGGAGCGCCAGCUGGGUCCGGCCAUCUUCGUGCCAAUGUAUCCAUAUCUGUAUGGCUACUAAAGACACUGAGGGAGCUCCAG